UGCGGUCAUAGCUGGUAUUUAAAAUAGACGUUGCAGCAGUACAAAUACAAAAGAAAAUUAAAUGAAAAGUAGUGUGUGUUAAAUUUAUGUGAAGUGAAAUUUCACAAAAUUUUAAAGAAAUCUUAAAAAAUAUAUAUUUUCCAUUGCUUACUGCAAAAAUCCGAAAUAUGUUUAUAGUUUGUUAGGAAGUGUGCAUACUUAUAGGCGUUGUACAAAAUUCGAAACCUACAACUAGACGUAGGUAAAGUAAAGCAGAGGCUGAGCAGGGAGUGAACACUUUCGAAAAAGCAGUAAGAAGCAAAGUCAGAAAGCGUAAAUUGUGCAAAAUUAAGCUGAGCAAACGAAAAAUUAAUAUUAAGCCAGAUGAGGUGUAGAGCAAAAUAACGUGUACUCCUUGCGUUUCUUGUAUUCCAAAUUCCUCUGUAUCCAUUCAGACAUGUGGUAGUGGCGCACCACUACCGCUGCUCAGUACCCGCUUAGUCCACAUUUCAAGUUGGUUAUAUUGCGUUGGUAGUCGUGACUUGUGCUCGUCCAUUUUAAUCCGUUAUUCCAAUAUCAAAAAAGACACCACUAAGCUAUCCGUGGGCGUGUGUAAAAAUGUUGUGCCCGUAAUUAACGCGUCUUCGUAUUCGCAAAAUUCUUGGAACCGUUUAGUACCAAUACAUUUCGAACUUUUUACGCUCAUGGUUUCCGAAUCACGAGUUGUGCCGCGCAUCUCAUCUAUAUCUUGGCGCUACGUGAGGUGCGGCGUCCGGUUCAUGCUUGCUACCUUUUCGACUUUCCGCUUUAGCGCCGUCUUCGUUCACUACUAAUUUAUUACCCGCACUGUGGUGUGCUUUAGUUUUGCUGCUCGUGUUUUUGCUGUGAACUGUGACUUUUGCAUACAGGCAUACCUAUAUUUUGCAUAACCAAAAGUGUAAGUGCUGCGUUUGCCAUUGUUGCCACUAAUUCGUUACUCUUUUAGCUUUUGCUUUCAUUGUGCUUUUACGUGUGUCCUUUUUACCAUUCUUCGUAUAUUCCCCCAUUCGUUAGCGCGACCGAACUUGUUUUUUCGCCUCGCUUUUAUGUGGAAUUGAAGUCUGCAGCGUUAGUGAGUAUACAACAUCAAAAUUCCUUCACAAACAGCUAUGUAAGUGUGAGUUUAUUUGUGCAGAUGUGUGUGUGUGCAUGUAUGCGAGCAGAGCCCAAAGUAAUACAACCGGAUAUAAGUGUGCGACAACCGGCUUUAUUAGCCCAUCGGAUGUUGGCUUCAGGAAGUGUGAAAGAUGCAUAAUCUCUUCUGCGUGUGAAACUUGCCAAAUGUGUUUUAGUAAUCGAAAUGAAAAAGAAAAUUAAUUACAUGAAAAAAAUGUAUUAAAUUUUUAUUAUGUGCGCGUAUCUUAAACACAGGAUCCAUUGAAAGGUUCAGAGUGGUAAAAUAAUAUUGUUUUAUUCAAAAUCCAUACAAGGUGUGAAAAUUUAACUCAGCGAUAAUCGCUCUUUAUGCUGAUCGACUACAUAUAUACUGCAUACAUAUAUUUAUUGUUCGAUACAUGCAACAGCUGCACAUGGAGCAGCGUGACAGCUGUUUAUGAACCCAAAACGAAAGGUGUUACUUCCACGUACAUUAAAAAGGCUAUACAACGUUAAAUCAGACAUAUUUAAGUAUUUACAUGAACGAAUUUUGCAAGCAACUACCAAAGAGGACACAAACAUUGAAAGCUUCCAAUUUUCACACAGAAGUUGAACUGAUUAAAAACUGAAAUCCAAGCGCCUGUGACUGUGGGUGUGACUGAGCAAAAGAAUAAAGGUGUGUACGUGUGCGCGGGAAACAAGCGGCAGUAACGCCGGUACCAUAUACGGAUAUGGAAGUGCGGGGGAAAUGUCAGUGGCAAGCUAGUCAUGAACCACAAAUGCUACUUCAAUUGCAGCAACAAGCCCAACGGAAAUGCCACCAAAAGCGAAAUGAAAGUACAAACCACCUACGAUUACAUAAAAUUCAACAGCAGCAACAACAAAAACACUACACAAACGAAAAACAUUUAAUAAUCACACAACGGCGACUGAAAACACAAAACGAUGAGCAAGAGCAAAGACGACAGCACUCACAGCAAGAGCCACAACUAUCACGUAUUUGUCAUCAUCUAUGGUCAAUGCCACCAUUGCACGCACACGCACCCACACGCACGCCAAAGGAUUCACCCACAUCAUCAAAGCCAAAUGUGGUCAACAAAUUUGUGCGCGUCACUGCAAUUGUUACUUCUUGUAGCAUAGCGGCGUCGACGGAGGCAGUGGCGAAAACAAAAAUGCUCUCUAUAGUAGCAUGUAGUUGGGUGAAACGACUUUCUUGUCUUUGGUUGCUGGCGCUGCUCAGUGCCGCCCAAUUCACGCCAAGAGGUACAAUAACCGCCGCGGCUAGUACAGCUGCAGCUGCCACAAGCGUACUUAAUUCGCCAAAACUACUGCCACAUGUGAUAUUCACCACCGCCACCACAGUGCUGGGUCAGGCAUCCGUUGCACAUGCGGCUGUCCUCUCUGCAGCUACGGCCACCACCCAUGAACCACGGCUAAUGCUCUACACAUUUUCCACUGAUGUAGCAGAGGCGGCGGAAAUGAAUGUUGAUGCGGAUGCGAUGGUGCAGGUACAGGUGAAGCGUAUUAACUUUAUGGAUAAUAAUGAUGAUAAUCCGGCGGAUCCGCCAAUACUUGGGAAGCUUAGGCAGGAAGAGGUGGCGUCAGAGCAAGAAUCAUUGUACGAUGAGGAUGAACAGCUGCCGCAACAGACGGUCGAGCGUGAAUUGAAUAGUAAUGAACAGCAGUUAAUUAUAUUCUAUAGACGGGCACAACAUGCGACUGAGCCACAUGAACAUCAGAGGCGACAACCACAGUAUGCGGACCAACAUGCUGCAUCUCAUCAUCAUUACCAAGGCAGCGACGAAGAUGAAGCAUCGUCAUCCUUCCUCGAUAGGUCAAAGUUUCAUUACGUCGAUACAGCGCCAAUAGAUACCGAUGUGAUUUCGACACUUACCAAUGGGGAAAAUUUGGUGCACAAGCAUGUUACCAAACGUAGUGCAACAACUAAGUUGGCAUCGACAACGGUUACACCACCAAGUGGUACGACUGGAACUACUUUAAGUUCCCUUAAUACUACGAGUAAUUUAACAUCAGCGGCGAAUAGUACAGUGGAGGAGAAGUGUGAACCGAAGGUGUUGGACGAGGUGCCACCCGAACCGUUCUUUGAUUUCUCCGACAUAGCCCAAGAUGCCGCCCACCAAUUCACCGAAUUUAUAGUGAGUAAAUUUGGCAGCUCCGGCCCAUCAACACAGCAGACUAUCACUACAGAGUUGCGGGAAGAGUUGCAGCGCCGUGCCAAUGGCAUUGCCAGCUAUGCUCUGAAUGAGGAUGAGAAUCUCUUGGCGUUCGCUAUUGCAGCGCCGAGUAUACAAACGGUUGUGGUCAAGUUCAGGGAUGAUGUAACGAUACCACCGCAUCAGGCAAACAAUAAAACAUUUCUUGGUUCCUAUUGGCGUGAGUUAGGUGUGGCGUGGAACAGCACCGAAGGCACACAGGAAUGGGGCGCGCCAUUUAGAGAUUGCAAUGUACUGAAAGGACGUUGGUUGUGGCCGUUUCGCAUUACGUUUAGUGAAAAUAAAAUAAAAAUUGCUGCUGCCGCAUUAAUCGCUGCUGACGAAGAUGUCUGCAAUGAUGGGUUGGAGGAAGUCUUCGGACGAAAACAUGGUUGCGAUCGCAAUACCACAUUUUGUUUGCUUACCGAAAAUAAACCGGCGGCAACGAGAGAUGUCUACACCUGCAUCUGUCGCGAAUCUUUUUACUUGCCCAACUCAACUCUCCAAGGUUUUCGUGGUGACAUUGUCGAAACAUCUGAGGGAUAUAGCAAUUAUUCGUGUAUACCCUGUCCGGAUGGCUGUUCAACGUGUGAUCAGUAUGGCGUCUGUUUGUUGGGAGAACCACCCGAAAUAGUGUCAGUGGAGAGCUUAUUGAAUGUAUCUGUAGGAUCGAUUUUGGGCGCGUGUAUGCUUUGCUGUAUAGUAUUGAGUGUGAUUGUAUUCCGGCAAAGGAAGUGUAAGGCGAUCGCCUCGGGUAUGUGGACAGUGCUGGAAACAAUUUUAUUGGGAAUUAUAUUACUUUAUGCAUCGGUUGCCGUCCACUUUUUUCCCGCCAGCACCGAACGCUGCUUACUAGAACCGUGGCUGCGCGAAGUCGGCUUCGUAACCUGCUACGGCGCCAUCAUACUAAAACUCUAUCGUCAUCUGAUCGACUUCAGAACGCGCAAAGCACAUCGCUGGGUACUGCGAGACAUCGAUCUACUCAAAUAUUUGGGCACCAUGAUAUUUGCAGUCAUCUGCUAUAUGGCCGCCUUCACUGCCGCAGCGCUGGAUUUGAUUCAAGUGUCACAGUUGGGUUCAUUGCGUGAGCAACGUACCAACACUUGUCUGCCACUCAAAUGGGAAUAUGUGACGCAAGUCAGCGAAGUUCUGAUAAUUUGCUUUGGACUGCAUUUGGCCUUCGCCAGUCGUAAUGCCAACACACAAUUUAGAGAAAGGCAAUUUCUCGUUGCGACAUUGGUCAUUGAAUUUCUUGUGUCGACAACUUUCUAUGUACUGCGCUUCUUCUAUCUGCCCGAAAUGAGUCCCAGUGCUAUUUUCCUAGCGCUUUUUCUACGUUCGCUAUUGACCAACACCAUGGCGUUGGGUUUGAUAUUUGUGCCAAAAUUGUGGUAUCAGCAUAAGCAGGUCCCCUUGCCCAUGAAUCUAUCAAUACGUUUACCUGUGGAUGCUUUCAAGGUCAAUGAUCCCCAACGCCUUGGCGGUGGUUAUGCUGGUCUAUGUUUGGGUGAUCCCGAUAUUGGUGAACUAACUAUUGCCGAAAUGAGCCCAGAGGAUAUACGUGCUGAACUCAAAAGACUGUAUACACAACUCGAAAUUUUAAAGAAUAAAACCUUACGUCAAGACAAUCCGCAUAUAAGUAAGCGACGUGGUGGGCGGAAAGCUGGGCAUCGUCGAUUUUCGUUACAAGCUUUAAGUGCCAAACAUCGUAGCAACAAACACCAUCAGGAUAUUGAAAUCACCGAAGCCGAACCCUCACGCACACCCGAGGACUCAGUAUGCAGUGUUGAAGGGCCAACGGAUGCGGAGAUAUCAGGCAUUUCCCAUUCGAUGUUAUCACAUUCGGCCAUUUCACAUUCCAUCGUUUCGCAUUCGAAGUGAAAUACCAAGGGGAUGACUUGGGUGUAAAAUAAAAGGGUAGAAGGAAAUGAGCAAACCGAAAUGCAAUCGAAAGAACGAAGAAUAAUAAAAUCAUAUACAACUACAAGGUUGUGGAAAGCAGCAGAAAAAUUACAGUAAAUUAAAUUAAAAUAAAAGGGGGUUAAGUGUAAAUGCAUAAGAAACCAGUUGAAAGAUUGAAAAAGAAACAAAACCAGAUAUUGUUAAAAUUAUAAAAGAAUAAAAGGUAAGCGGAUAUAAAAAAUAUAUUCAAUUGUAAAUACAUACAUACAUAUAGUUAUAGUAUAUAAAAAAACAGCUAGGAACUUUGGUACGAUUUUUGCUUCAAAUCCGAUUUGAUAUUAAAUGGCAAGAGCUAAUCAAUUUCCAAAUUAUUUUAUAAGAUUUUUGUACGAGCUUUAUAAGAAUCAUUUACUUGUUUCUUUUUUUCAUUUUCUUUUUAAUCAUAUAAUUUUGCAAAUUUAGUUGAAGAAAAAUAUUUGUAUUUUAAAAUGUUUCUUGAUUAGAUUUAGUUUGCUUACUGCUUUAGAUAUCUACUCUCAAAAAAGGCCAUUGAAAACUAUAACAGUUCGAAAACCAAGGCGCUGUACCGAUAACAAAUUAAAAAUUCCAAAAUAUUUUAUAGAAAAUGAAGCCAAGGGUGCGCUGAGAAAACAUUGCAAUGACUUCUUCUCUUGAUUCUGUAGAAUAGUAAAUCUUAGAGCUUAUAAUAAGUCUAAGCCCAAAAAUUAAACUCGGGUGCUGAACUACAAAAUCGCUGCGAGCAAUACUCCAGAGUCUUCCCGUAUGAGUGUAGUAAUUUCUGUUUUUAUUCUUUUAAAUGUCUAUCUAUUAAAAAUUGAAACCUUGCCAUUGCCUGCCAUGAGGCGACCGCUAUUAGAAAAAAAUUUUUUCAUUGUGGUGUUUCACGGAGAUUCGGAAUUCCGUAUGGUAGUCACGCACCAACCCAUUCGGUUACGGCGACCGCCAAAAACCUAUUGCUCUCCUCUUAAAUUGCAAUCAGCUCUAACAUGAAAACCUCUGCAUGGGCCACCAACCCUCACUUACACAUGGCAUUUUCACCCUUUGUUUUAAAACAUUAGAUUAUAAAAAUAUAUGAGUUUCAAAAUUAUCAACAAUUGCCUUUUACUUUGAAGAGUGCAACAAAAGUUCGCGGUAUUUGAAGUGCGGCUUUGUGAGUUAACGGGAUUAAAUUAGCUAUACUCAAAGUUAAAAAAAAGUUAAGCAGAAAUAGUGAUAGAAAAAGAUAUUUUGUUUGAUUGUGUAUAAAAAAGGAGAUAGAUAUUAGCGAAAAAAAUCGAUAGUUACUGGAAUGGUAAGAUCCGUCGGUAAAUCGCGAAAAUUAUUGGCUGCUUAGUACUCAUCAAUCCAAAGUGUGGUUAAGAACUUCAAACAAACAAAAUCCCACGAAUCCAAGCCUCGUUCCGGACGCCCAUCAAAACUUUCGGAGAGAAAUGUGCAAAGUAAUCAACCUUGUGGGGAAUAAUCCAGGACUAACAGCAAGUCAAAUUGCGAAGAACAUAGAAGAUAAGUGCCGUAAGCAGAUAUGUCCGGAUACAGUCCGAAAAAUUCUUAAAAAGGUUGGAUUUCGCCUCCAAUUUUCGAUGAAGGGUAAAUAAACCGGGUCUGGGUGGAAGAUUUAUUUUCCAACACAAUGACCCGAAGCACACAGCAGAGAUUAUUAACAUAUUACCACAAUCACCAGACCUAAACCCCAUAGAGCGCUUAUGGGACAUACUCGAGAAGUCCGCUUGUUGCUUGUAAUAGCAAAGAAGAGUUAAGAGAUGUUCUUAAGGGAGAAUGGGAAGCAAUAAGUCCAGAAAUAACUGAAAAAUUAGUUAGGUCAAUGAAAAAUCGCCUUCUGAAGGUCAUAAGAAGACAUGGCUACCCGACUAGCUAUUGAAUUCCUGAAUUUCUAUAAUAUUAUUGCUUUUCCUUUCAUGAUUCUUGAAGUGAACGUAGAGUUUUUCUGUUCAGUUAGAUUGUCUUUUUCUUUAAUGUGAGCUUAUUUUGAAUUUAAUUAAGUUAUUGAUGCUGAAUUUUGUGUAAGAGUUAUUUCUUAAUAAACUAAAUAAAAAACUGUAAAAAUAUUGAUUGAAUAAUAUAGGGUUUUUAAUUUUCCACACUGCAAAGGAAAUAGAGAUGGGUGAACGCAGACUUUUUCUGCUAAGUGUACGUAUAUAAAUCUAUGAAGUAUUCGAAGUUCAGUUAGAAAAAGUUAAACAAAUCCAAGUAUCUUUUGCGAGUGAUGAAAUUCGGGUUACCAAAAAUGAGUGUCACAAUUUAUCAUUUAGUUAAAAUAUACAGAGAGCUCGCAAAUUGUCUACCUAUUAAUGGAAAAAUCAGAAAUUCUGCUAGUUUCAUAGUCUGAAAAUUCUGAUUAAAACAUUUUAAAUUUUGUUUAAAAUAAUGAAUUUAGGAAUUCUGUUUUUGAGAAUAUUCACUUAAUAACACAUAUACGGGAUAUUGAUUUGAAUUUUGUAUUUCUGAUAUGGUCGCAGCUCUUAUCGCAGCUCCAACACAACCUAUCCUAACAGUGGUUUAAUCAAUUUAAGCGGACUAGUACGAUCAACAUGCAUACAUACAAAGAUGCAAGAGUCUUACCGAAAACAAUAGAAGUACCACUUUCUGAACUAUGUAUGUAUUAGGAAUGAAUAACUGCCGCAAUAUCGUAGGAAAGAGCUAAACUGGCGAAUGUUUUUGUUCCAUUUCCACUAUGCGUAGAGGGAAAAAUUAGUUUAGCGAGAGUGCAUGCCAUUUUCUAGUGGCUCCCCUCUGAUGCAACAAAUUCCUUCUGAAUAUACUGUCCACAACACUUAAAGCGGCCGCCCUAGCCGAAUGGAUUGGUGCGUGACUACCAUUCGGAAUUCACAGAGAGAACGUAGGUUCGAAUCUCGGUGAAAACACCACCCCUCGGUAGGCAAUGGGAAACCUCCAAGUGUAUUUCUUCCAUGAAAAAGCUCCUCAUAAAAAAUAUCUGCUGCUCGGAGUCGGCUUGAAAAUGUAGGUCCCUCCAUUUUGUAGGAGGAGGAGCUCGGCCAAACACCCAGAAAGGGUGUAUGCGCCAAUUAUUCAUAUACAUAUAUAGUGUUAUUCAAUAGGUGCGCUUCAACUUUUUUCCGAUAGGGAGGGCGAACGACGCAAUAUUUUUUAUUUUUCGCUUGUCAUUUGUCAACUUCAUUAGUAUACAUUUCAUCAUGGAACGUUACACACUUGAGCAAUGAUUGCAAAUCGUGCAAAUUUUUUAUGAAAAUAAACGUUCUGUUGCUGCUACUUUAAGAGCAUUACGGCCAUUUUACGGUCCAUUUAACAAGCCUUCCCGUUUUGGGGUUGUGUGAAGUCAUUGGUCUACAGUAACAAGCCGGCGACGAUUUGUGAGCUCAGAGCCAAUAUUGAACGCGAAAUUGCUGGAAUUUCGGCCGAUUUAUGCAAAAGAGUGGUCGAAAAUUGGGUUCAACGAUUGGACUUCGUAAAAUGUAUAUGUAUGUUCAAACUCGAUAAUAAAAAAAAAAUUAGUUAAAAAAGUCAAACCGUUUGUGUUUUAUUCAAAAAAGUUCAAAAGUUGAAGCGCUCUUACUGAAAAACCCUAUAUAUAUAACACUUAAAGCGGGGACAAAACUCUACAGAGAAUUAAUUAGAUAGAUCUAUUCAAGCAAUGAAUCCAUAGAAAUAUAUGGCAGUAUAAAGCGGUACUUCUUUAACUUCUAGAACUGAAUCCUAUUCAAAUCGUGAUGGUCUACAAUUCAAUUAUUUUAUUAUUAUUUUAUGACUCUAAAUGUAAAAUUUAAUUCUGUUUCAAGUUUUCAAUUAGUGAGUAAAAUCGUAAUAAUUAUUUAUGAAGGUGAAAUCAAUAUUGUCAUUAAAAAGUAUUAUAAGAGAUAUUUCAAUGAAUGUAAAGUGAAGUAAAAAGAAAAAUGUAUUUGGUAUAUGAUAAAAACCAUAAAAUAAAAUAAAAUAAAAUAGAAUAAGCACAAUAUAAAUUAUUUAUAAAGAGCAAAGCCCACCUCUGUAUGAAACAAUGAAGAUAUUUACUUUAGAAUUGUGCUGAAUUCAAAGUUGCAACGUUUUUGCAAAUUGUUAUAGUAAUGCAAGCACUUUUUAAAAUUUCAACAUAAAAUGCCCAAAUAAAAAGCUCCAGAUAGCAAAAAAUAAUCGAAAUAUUGUUGAAAUAAAAUAUGUGUAUGUAUAUGUGUAAAUGCAGUAGGAAAAUAUAAUACCAAUUGACAAAUAAAUUUCUAAACGAAAUAUUUCUAUUAACUAUCAAAGAGCAGUACAAUUUCUCCUUACUUCCAAAACUAAGCACUUAAAGUAGACUACACAAAGUACACUACGCAAUAGAUACAAGAAAGAACGAAGUAAACGUUCAUGGAUGUACAUAUAUAUGUAUGUAUUGCAUGGUAUAUUUUCUAGCUGCAUGACGAAAUAGCUGCAAGCAAUUUCUUUGAAAAUUUGGUAACUGAAUUGCUUUACUUCUGUUCCUUAGCGCUGCGUCAGCGUGAUUGUACGUACUGUAGUUACUAAUACUCGUUCACUUAUAGAUAGUUUGCCUUUCCCGUUCAUCACUCGCAAAGUUCCACUACAUAUUAUUACUUAAACAUAUACAAAAUUGCUGUAAAUGCUUUACUUGUUAAUAAAUAUUAAAUAAUUAUUAAAAGCAAUUGUGUGAGUGAUGUCCUUGGUAAUAGCUAUUGGUAAUACUAUGAGGCAAUACAAACGAACAUAAAUAAUAUUGUUCAUUUAGCUUAACUCAUGUCAAAAGGCAAAAGUACUUAAAUCAGUUGUAAAAUUGGAGCUUAUAGUAUUAAUAGGUACGAACUACUACAUAAAUAUGAAUGCUACAAGUAAAUUAAUGUGUGAAUCUAUGCAAAAUUAUUGAGGUUUUAUUUUAUAUCGGUAAAUAAAAAUAACGGUAAACAAUUCAUAAAUACACACAUCAGUUGUUGCUUAAUUUUAGUAGUAGGAAAAUUAACAAAUUUAGGUAAUAAAUAAAUAAUAUGAAAAUUAUGUGUAAAGAAAACUUCAAAACAUAUUCUGUCUGAAACCUUAAAUUUAGGCUAAUUCCUCUUCAAUCUGCUACUGCUCCCAAAACGGUUUGGUAUUCAAAAGAUUAUCCUAUAUUUUUAACUAUUUAUAAGCACAUACUUCUCAAACUGUGCAAUGGUACUUGUUAAGCCGCCUUAAUACUGGUCAAGUUUUGUCAACUGGAAUCUUCUUCUUACUUGGCGCGAUAACCGGUUACGCGAUUUUGGCCGAGUUUAACAAAGCGCGUCAGUCGUUUCUUUCUCGUGUUAGGAAGCCUUCCUCUUCCUCUGCUACCACCAGCUGGUACCGCAUCAAAUUCGUUCAGAGCCGGAGCGUUUGUCUCUAUUCGGACGACAUGGCCCAGCCAACGUAGCCGCUGGAUCUUUAUUCGCUGCGUUAAGUCUAUGUCGUCCUAAAGCUCAUACAGUUCAUCGUUCCACCGCCUGCGAUAUUCGCCGUUGCCAACGUGUAAAGGUCCAAAAAUCUUGUGCAGAAUCUUUCUCUCAAAAAUUUUCAAAUACUCUGAUUAGGCAGCAAAUUUGAACAAUCCUAGAACUAAAUAGUUUGCAGAAUUGAUUAGAUCACAAUCAGCUAACAUCAUUGUACAUCACAUACUCGUACAUUAAAAAAAAGCAUGAUUUUCAGCGCAGAGUGGAAGCUUCAAUUAAUUACAACACAUUUUUAUACUCGUACGUAUAUAAAUAUAUGUUUUAUGCAAUAUUUUCCUGUAGUUCCUAGGUGGAACAUAUGUAUAUAUAUAUAUAAUUAUUGCCUAGGUGAAACAUAGCGUCUCAAUAAAUGAAACUAUAAUUUGG